AUGACUCGUCCACGUGGAGUCUUGCGUGAGUAUGAGGUACACCAUCCGAAACUUUGGAUCGCGCGUCGUCCCACAAGUAAUGGAUUACCUGUUUGUGUGACUGAAGGGAUCCAUAGAAGAACACGGGUCUCUCUCAUACCAAUUUCGCACCCUCACUUCUUCCCCAACUUCAUUCCGGCUCCUAUUAUUAAUUACACAACAAGAUUUCCAACCUCCAGUAUAUCAGUUAGCACUAUCACUCAAGUCAACCAUUGA